UAUUUGUUUGUAUUGCAUUUUAGGCUUUCAAAUCAUCUCCUCUGUAUUUCUGUCUCGAGUUCAGGCCGGCUUUUGGCUUUCAUUACUCUCUCACUCCUUUUUCAUUUGGAAGCCACCAUCAAUGGAAAUGUAUGCUUUCUUUUUCUAAUACUAAAUAUAUGUCUCCUUUUUUUCUGCAAAGACAAAGAAUGAACUUAUUUUGAUUUCAACCCAUAACUCAGGCAUGAAUACGUGGGAUAAGCUACCAAGAGAAGAUGGGUACCGAAACAGGAGAGAAAAUCCAUCCUUCUCUUCAACUCUUCUUGAUGCCAUCUACCGUUCCAUUGAUGAAUCCAAUAAUGGCAGUACUAAGGGAGAGGGAGAGCUGAUUUUGUACGGGAAGAAGCACGGCAGUAACCCAUCACUGAAAGAAGAUAAAAUGCAAAGUGCUUGCAUGGUCCAGAAAUGGAUGGAAAAGAAAGUUUGUUGUGAUAGACGACGAAAAUCCAUGGCGGAUUCUGAAAGGAUCUAUCGAAAUGAGUUUGAUGAUCCCAUGUUCACUUCCAGCUCUUCUGAUUCUAGCUGCGUUGGUAGGUUUUCUUCCUCAGAAUCAGAUUCCUUUUAUCGUGAAAAAUCAAGGUCAUGGUCAUCAUCAUCGUCAAGUCAUUACACUACUCAUAGCCAUAGCCAUAGCCAUAGGCCUAAGCCUAUUCGGACGAGCGUUGAAGACAGUUUCCAUGGCCAUGCAGCUGCUAGUGCUACACAAAAAAAGCCAAAGCAUGAAGGGGGUUUUGUGAGAACAAAAUCCAAGGCCUUGAAGAUUUACAGCGAUCUCAAAAAGGUUAAGCAUCCAAUAUCUCCAGGUGGUCGGUUUGCAGCCUUUCUUAACUCACUUUUCACAGCGGGGAAUGCAAAGAAGAAAAAUAUUACAUCGUCGGCAGGAGGAUACGAGGAAAGGAAGUCAAAAUCUGAGCAACCAACAUCGUCAACAUGUUCUUCAGCUUCCUCGUUUUCAAGAUCCUGUUUGAGUAAGACUCCAUCUUCAAGAGGCAACGGGACAAAAAGGUCAGUCAGGUUUUGUCUUGAUCAUGAGGAUUAUUCCAGGCCCCGUGAGAAUAAAAAUGAUCCCCAUCAAAGUCAAGCAUCCAUAAGAAAACCAAUCGACAAAGAGCUAGAGUUGCGCAUCAUGGAAGAAAAUCGUCGAGUUGUGGAAGCUGCUAAGGAUCUUUUAAAGAAUUACCAGAAGAAAAAGGAAGAGUACGGCAAUAUUGAAGAGUAUAGUGAUGAUGAUGAGGAGGAGGAGGAGGAAGACGCAGCUAGUUACGCAAGCUCCGAACUUUUCGAAUUGGAUAAUCUUUCAGCUAUAGGUAUUGAAAGGUAUCGGCAAGAGUUGCCUGUGUAUGAGACUACCCACCUCGAUACUAAUCGAGCCAUUGCAAAUGGUUUGAUUGUGUGAUUACCCCUAACUGCAUGCAUACAGCAACAAAACUAUUAGUACUAGUUAACUAGCUAGUUUUAUUAAUUAAAUUAGUUGAAUGGUUUGGGGGGUUUACAUCUAGAAGUAAUACAAAUUUCUGUUUUGGUAGAGCCGUACUGAAGUUAAUUUACCCUCUUUUCUGUUGGUUUUA